UGUUUGCCGAGGUCCCCGCCCGGCGAGCUGACUGCAGUCCGUAGCGUUCGGAUCCUCUCCGCGGCAGCACUGACUGCGCCCAGCGGGCGUGGCUCCGACCCAGCACCACCGCGCAGACAGCAGGAAGAGGGUGAACAACUGGAGGAAAUCCCAACGGCAGAGGAGGUGGGAGGUAAUCAUGGGGAAGCAGACGGGUCCGGCCGAACGCGGGGUGCAGUUCGAAAACGACGAAUUUCUAAAAUCGACCAAGUUGCUGGGCGGCGGCGAGGAGGAGCAGCCCGAGCAGAGGGAGCACCACCGGCGGGACCCCGGGGGGAUCAACACCCACAUCAAGGUUUCAUUCGAAGACGUGAUCGCAGAACCUGUUGCGACGCAAAGUUUCGACGGAAUUUGGAUUUGCAGUCAUGCGUCGUUUGAAAUCAGCAAAUUCGUGCUGUACAAAGUGCUCACUCUGUUCCUGGCCAUUCCCCUAGCCUUCAUCAUAGGGAUUCUAUUUGCCGUAAUAAGUUACGUCCACAUUUGGUUUCUUAUGCCCAUUGUGAAGACCUUCAUGAUGAUUCUACCCUCCAUCAAGGUCAUCUGGAAAAGUAUUAUGGACACGUUUGUUUCUCCUCUGUGUGAGAGUAUGGGCCGUUGCUUCUCCGCGUUCAAUUUCCGCAUCACUCAAGAUUAAAGAAGCAAGAUAAAGGUGGUAUCAGAGGGAACAAUCAGAACCCAAAAGGAAUAUUUCCAGACUUUAUGAAAUAAAUAGCAUUAUCUAUGCUUAAACUUUUCAUUCCGAAUGCACUUUCAGAAAGUAUCUGACAUCUUUUUAAGUAUAUACACAUUUUGCAUAAACUUCAUUUAGAAAUAUGUAUACAUAUAAUUGAUUUUUUUUUAUUAUAAGCCAGUAUGCAUUGCUGGUAAUAAUUAAGGAAGUUUACACCAAGAUAUUGCCAUGCAAUAAUUAAAUCCUGUUCUGUAUUUCAAGAAAUGUUCAUAUUACUUCAUUCAAAAAAUCAUAAAAUUCUGUGGCACAGAGUAAGACCAUUCAGUCCAUCAAGUCUCUGCCACCCCCUUGCAGUGCAAUCCCAUCAGUCACAUUCCCCUUCCUCUUUCCCCCUGAUGCUCUCAAAAGGGCCUCUUCAUUUCUCUUUUGAAGGCACUCAUUGGUCCUAUUUCCACCAGCUUGAUUGACAGUGAAUUCCAGAUCCUAACUAUCUAAGUAAAAAAGUUUGUCCUCAAUUUCCUUUGUAUCUUUUACCCAGAAUUUUAAAUCUGUGUUCCUUGCUCCUUGAUCCAGUUGCUAAUAAGAACAGCUUCGUUUUACCCUUCCUGAAGAUGUCAUGAAAUUCUUCAUCUCUGGAACUAUUCUAGAAAGAUAUUAUCCACAUUGUGUCAGACCUUCACAUCCUUCAUUAAGCUUGUGUACAGAAUUGGAAGCAAUACUCCAGUUCUGGGGCCAAGCGGUUUUCAGUGUAAUUUUUCUCCUUUUGUACUUGAACGUCACCUUAUGAAUCCCAGCAUCCCACAUAUUUUGCAAACCACUCUCUCUACCUGCUCUUCUACUUUCAAGGAUUAGUGUACACUUAUGUCCUGUGCACCCUUCACAAUUGUGCCAUUUAAUUUACAUUCUUUCACCUUGUUCUUUCUGGCAAAGUUCAUCAAAGUUCUCUGUAUAAAGAAAAAUCAUGUGUUGUGUACCUGCCCACACAGCCAACCUCUCCAUGACUUAAUUUACUACCCUCCUCACUGUUUAACAUGCUUCCAAGCUUUGUGUCAUCCACAAAUUCAGCAACAUUACCCUGCAAACCCAUGUCUAAGUCAUGAAUGUGUAUAUAAUCCCUAUGACCUCAGCACUGACCUCUGGGGAACACUACUCUGUACCAUCCUCCAGUCUGAAAAGAAUGCAUUUAAAUACCACUACUCUGCUUUCAGCCUUUAAGCGAAUUUCCUAUCCAUGUUGCAUGUGGCCCUUUAGUUCCAUGAAAUUCAAUUUUACUAACUAACUUUUUGUGUGGGACUUUAUCGAGUGCCCUCUGGAGAUCACUGUAUUCCCUUCAUUAAUCUUCUAUCACUUCAGCAAGAAAAAUUGUUGGGUUAAUCAAACCCAAUGCUCUCCUUUAUCAAUUCUAAGUUCUCCAUGUGCCUAUUAAUAUUUUAUCAGAUUAUUGUUUCUGAAAGUUUCCAUCAAGUGAGAUUAAACUGACUAACCUAUAGCUGCCUGGUAUGUCCUUCACCUGCUUUUUUUUAUAGAAGGAUGUUACAUUUGCCAUUUUACAGUUCUCUAGCACCUCCCCAUUAUCUAGAGAGGGUUGGAAGAUUAUGGCAGACCCUUCUGUAGCCCCCACCCCCAUCUCCCUCAAUAUAAUAGGAUGCAUCCCAUCCAGACCUGGUUAAUUGUUUUACUCCAAUUAUAUAGGGCUCUACUGAGACCGCAUCUGGACUGUUAUGCAGACAUCAGGUCCACCUACCUAACAAAGAAUAUACUUCUCUUGUAAUGAAGAUUCACCAGGUUGAUCCCUGGGAUGAUGGAUUUUUUGAGUGAGCAGCAAACAUGCAGAUUGGGUCCAACCUUUCUUGAAUUUAGAAGAAUGAGCAAUGAUCUAAAUGAAACAUACAAUAUUAUUGCAGGGCAUUGAUAGUUAGAUGUGUGGAUGACAUUUCCUGUGGCUGGGGUGUCUAGAACCAAAUGUCACAACCUCAAACAAAGGGGCCAGCUACACGGGACAGAGAUUGGAAGACAUUUCUUCACCCAGAAGGAAGUGUCCUUGAAAUUCUCUACCCAAAAAGGCUGUGGAAGUUUACUGCUGAGUAUAUUCAGGCAAGAGAUCAAUAUUUAGAUAUUAGGGGAAUUAAGCAAUGUGGGAUUAGUGCAGGAAAGUGGUACAGAGGUAAAAUAUCAGCAUUGUUCUUAUUGAAUGGCAGCACAGACAGGAUUGGCUAAAUGGCUUCCUCCUGCUUCUACUUUAAGCAUUGCCAAUAUUUCUAGUAAUUCUCCAUUAUCAGUCUUCAUCUCUUCUGUCUUCCUUUCCAUACAGAUUUUGGCAAUAUUCUUUUCACUUAAGACUGAUUAAAAGGUACUUAUUUGAUAUUCCACCUAUGCUUACUGACUUUAUGAACGUAUCACUUUCAUUAUUCCGAAUUGGCUGCACACCUUCUCUUACUACCUGCUUACUAUUUACAUGCAUAUAGAAGACUUCCAGGUUGACACAGGAAGGUUAAAGUCAUCAUUUAAGAAGAAACAGUUCUGAAGUUUUGAUGGUUUUUCAGAAUUGCAAUUGCACUAUUUUCAGUUAUCUGAAAUCAUUGGCAAGCAAAGUUGAAUAAAUUGCAUUGCUCGAGACCAAACAAUAAGCAUUUGCCAUUGGCAGCACCCAUAUGAAUAAAUUGCAUUGCUCGAGACCAAACAAUAAGCAUUUGCCAUUGGCAGCACCCAUAUUUAGAGGAUAUAUUUGUAAAAGAAAUCAUAAAGGACUUCUCUUACAUAGUGCAUUUUCACAAUAUGACCUGCAAUUUCCUAGACAUAAUUGAUUAAAUUAGGGAUUGAUCAUCUUCUUAUAUCAGCAAGUCCUCUAUCUUUCUCAGUAGUCUCGCACUUUCUGUAAAUUCUUGUUGGUACAUCAUUCUUAUCCUUUCUCAAUUACAUUGACUCCCAGUCUCCUAAUGCAUUGUUAAAAAUUGUUUGUCUUCAUCUCACUCCCCUACCUUUUAUGAGACUUCCCACUAUUUUAUAUUUCCACUAGAUCCUCCAAGUCUGGCCAUUCCAUCCUCUUUUUCUAAACAAUUUGUGGCAAAACAUUCAGUCACAUUUGCCUGACUUUAUGAAAAACCUUCUCUGCCUCUCUUCACUGCAUCUUUCAAAACUGUCAAAAUCGUCCUUUUCAACCAAAUGUUGAGUCACCUCUCUAAUCUUCUCUUCCAUGGGUUGGAGUCCAUUCUUUAUCUUUUUUUGCUGCUUCUCCGUAAAAUAUUUUGUAAUUUUUUUCUCAUGCUCAAGUGUGUAUUUAAAUUCAAGUUGUAACUGUUGUUAUUGAAUAUCGAAUACUAAUAUUCUAAUUGAUAUAAUGAGAAUCAAUAAGUUCUGAUGUCUCUUAAAUUAUUGGGUUCUACUUUACCUUUUCAUUGUGGAUAUAAAUAACUCAAGAUCCAAAUACACACACACACUUUUUGAUAUAAUACUGUCUGUUGUGACUUUGGAGUCCAGAACUGUGUUAUUUUAUUAACAUACAAUAUUGUGGACUUAUUUGCAAAUUUUUAGAUGCUCAGUUUUGCAACACUUGAACAGAUUGUGCACUGUACUUACGUAUAUAACUCUGGUCGUAUAAUGUUUGCACAUAAGUGCAAUAACUAUACCUAUGCUUUGGUAGGCUGAGGUACCAUUACAAAGUUACAAAUAAAAACAAUUCAAUGGCA